CGCGCCACUCGGCUGGCCCCUAUAAUAGCUUUAUAUGUAUACACUUAUUUAAAUCUCUUAACAACCCUGAAUGAGAUACUGCUACAAUCCCCAUUUUACAGAUGAUAAACUGAGUCACUGACAUAUUAACUUGCCCUAGGUUCACAGGUAUUCAAUGUCAGGACUGGUAUUUGAAUCCAUGCAAUCUGAUUCUAGAAUAUAAUUACCAUAUAUUCUUUUUUAAUUGACAUAUAUAAUUGACGUAUAACAUUAUAUAAGUUUAAGGUAUACAGUGUGUUUUGAUACAUUUAUAUGUUGCAAUGUGGUUAUCACCAUAGAGUUAGCAAACACCUCUAUUAUGUCCCAUAAUUAUCAUUUCUUUUUUGUGGUGGGAACAAUUAAGAUUCAGUCUCUUACAUUACCAUAUAUUUUUAACCACUCAAGGUAAGAAAUGAUGGAAGCUGUGCAUCAGGGAGGCAGAUGAUUUGUUCUAAGGUAUUUUUGGUAGAGUGGUACAGCUAUGUCACAGCAUAUUGGGAUGACAUUUCAGGAUCAUGCAGAGGGCUUGGCCACCUAGAUUUUCGGCAGUUCCCCUUUUCCAACUACAGUAUUAUCUUCCCACUGCUUGCUGGCUUUCUUCUUCACUUAUUCGUUCAGGCUACAAAUAGUUAUUAUAAGCCUACUAUGUACCAGGCUUCUGUUUAUGUGUAGGAAACGAGAACAUAGAUAAGACACGGACCCUCCCAUAUUUAUGGCAUAGAUUGUCCUCCAGUUCACAAUUUCAUUCUGUUUACCUUUGCAUCAGUUAAGACUGUUGCUUGAUGUGAGUUGACCCCAAAGUAACUUUUAAAAACUCCUGACCCUUUGCUUUUUGAUAUUAAAUAACAGCAGCAGCAUCGAAGUCCCAGUUAAGAAAAGGCCUUUUCGAUGGCACAAAGCAAGGUUUCUUUUUGUUUUAAUUUGGGAGUGUUUCAAGUCCAACUUAGUUCCAUCAUUUACUUCCUACCAGUUUGAUAACCAGGGACCAAUAACUCCCUAAUCUGUGGGCUGUUUAAUGUCGAUAUAGAACUACCCUGGGAGCAAUAGACUAAGGCCCUUUUCCAGAUGUCAUGUUUUAAGACUUUCAGCUGGAAAGCCCUUCACGAUUGAAAGUGAAUGGCUUUCAACAGUGAAAUUUAUUCUGAUUAUUAUAAGUCCGGAUUCUGUCUUAUUCAGAAACAAACAAAAGAAUUGACCUCUGGCUUGCUGCCUCCUGCAUUUCUGGCUCUAGGCCAUAUGGUCAUCUAAUUUGUAGUUUUUCAGGCAGUCAGAGGUUAGAAACUGGCAAAUGAGGCAUCAACAGCAGGUAAGUGUGUCAAGGCUGAGAGGAAUUGUGAAGACUGCUAUAGAAAUCGCUUUUUAAAAAGUCACCUCCUGUUGUACAAAGCACUGCAGCCUCUUCCUUUCUCUGGUGUCUUUUGCCAGGUUCUUUUUGAGAGCCCCAGGUCCAAGAGGCACCAGACAUUGUUUCCUCGGGUUGUGUUGCACACAGGUAAUUAUGCUAAAAAUCUGUCCUAAUAGCGCUUAUUAUACUUCAGUACAUUUUGCAUUUUAUACUACUUUUCUUUGCUCCUUGGGGACAAAUAUGUUAAGGAUUCCUUUGUGAAUAAACAGAAUAGCAAACCAUAAAUCAGCCUAUCUGUGGGCUUGAGCCUGUGUUCUUAACAAGACUGGUAUUGCUUUAAAACAGGGCUUGCCCACGCUGCAGGCCUAUACAGUUUGUUUGGGAUGGACAAGGCGCUUUUAGUGCAACUGCAUCGGUAAUUAAAAAUAAAAAGUAUACUAAGUCAUUAAUUCAAAUGAAAUAGCAAGUAUGUGAAAUGAAAAUAAUUUACUCCUAAUUUUAAGUGUUUUGUACUGUUCUUUUUGAGGCCCUUGCCUGCUGCUAGCGCUGAGGAAUGUGCUUAGUCGGCAUACCGAGUUGUCCACGUAAGUCGUCUAGGGCCUGGGACUCGGGGUCAAGACAGAGAGAUGGACUCCAGACACCACCCAAAGCUAGGUGUUGUUUGCCCUUCCGGGUCCACGAGGAAGCUGAUACCUGGAACCCUCCCUGUGGGCCUGGCCGGCAAAUGGGUCGGCUUGAUUAAAGGUGGUCUGAGCUGCCCCUUCGUGGCCGCUUUGGAGGGCUGCGGCCGGGUCGGAGCCUGGGAAGAAAAGCCGUGGGCAGCUAACAGUUGGGGCGUAAUGUGGGACAGAGCCAAGCAACCAGGCCAGGGCAUCCCGGCCAACGUCAGAAGCUGGCGCCUGGGCCUCGUAGCGGACAACGCUGUCCGCCCGCUCCGGCCCGCACUACAACUCCCGGUGUGCCCUGCGCUCGCUCGCUUGCUCGCUGAGGGCAAGCGGCCCGGCAUGUACUUCACCGGCCGGCCUGGCAGUGGGCGCCGUGCUGGGCCCACUCAGCUACUUGCGAGGCCCGCCUCCUUUCACUCCUCGCCGCGUCCCUGUCUAUUCCGACUACCCCGGAUUUGGCCCCAUCAAAGCAAAACAGCCAGCUACAUUCAAUCCGAAGAAUCGGUUCCAGCCAAUAAAGUGUGCAGACUCAGGCCACGUGACAGAAGCAGGGCGGUGCUUUGGUGGCGCCCUGAUCUCUAUGGUUUUCGUGGCUCACUUACAGGGCGUGUGGUCCGCUGGAGGACUCGCUAAGUCCUUCCUCCAUUACCUCACUGCCUCUGGUGGCUGCUGGGAUACCGGAGGACUCGGGUCCCGGCUCGACUCAGACCUCCAGCUGCCCGGGUAAUGCCUCCAGCUCUUCCUGCCACUGCCGCUUGCCGCUUCCUCCUCCGUCCGCCUGCCGGCCUUCCUCGCCCCGCCCCGUAACGCGGGCCCGCUUCUCUUGGGAGCCCCCACCCAGGCGCAUGGCUCCAUGAAGCAGGAGAAGGCAGAGCGCGAGAGGUCCCGUCCGCCCCGGCUGCGCCUGGGCCAAGAGAGAAGGUACAGGACGAAGGAAUGGAAUCGGAAGGAAGAAAAUUCAUUUCAGAGACAAAAUAGCUCCCCUCCUCUGUUAUAGCUGUUCCCCUGGCAGUACAAACUUUCUGCUUUCAGGUUCUGUAACAUUCCAGACCUCGAGCACUGAAUCAGGAUGGGAAAAAGACGUUGUGUUCCUCCACUCGAGCCCAAGUUGGCAGCAGGCUGUUGUGGGGUCAAGAAGCCCAAAUUAUCUGGAAGUGGAACGCACACUCACGGGAACCAGUCCACAACUGUCCCUGGCUCCAGUUCAGGACCUCUUCAAAACCACCAGCAUGUGGAUGGCAGCAGUGGUCGGGAGAAUGUGUCAGACUUAACUCUGGGACCUGGAAACUCUCCCAUCACACGAAUGAAUCCCACAUCGGGAGCGCUGAGCCCUCUCCCCCGACCCAAUGGAACUGCCAACACCACCAAGAAUCUGGUGGUGACCGCAGAGAUGUGCUGCUACUGCUUUGACGUCCUCUACUGUCACCUCUAUGGCUUCCCACAGCCACGACUUCCUAGAUUCACCAAUGAUCCCUAUCCGCUCUUUGUGACAUGGAAGACAGGGCGGGACAAGCGGCUUCGUGGCUGCAUUGGGACCUUCUCAGCCAUGAAUCUUCAUUCAGGACUCAGGGAAUACACGUUAACCAGUGCACUUAAGGACAGCCGGUUCCCCCCCCUGACCCGAGAGGAGCUGCCUAAACUUUCCUGCUCUGUCUCCCUCCUUACUAACUUUGAGGAUGCCAGUGAUUACCUGGACUGGGAGGUAGGGGUCCAUGGGAUUCGAAUUGAAUUCAUCAAUGAAAAAGGCGUCAAACGUACAGCCACAUAUUUACCUGAGGUUGCUAAGGAACAAGACUGGGAUCAGAUCCAGACAAUAGACUCCCUGCUCAGGAAAGGUGGCUUUAAGGCUCCAAUUACCAGUGAAUUCAGAAAAACGAUCAAACUCACCAGGUACCGAAGUGAGAAGGUGACAAUCAGUUAUGCAGAAUAUGUUGCUUCCCGACAGCACUGUCUCCAGAAUGGCACUCUCCAUGCCCCGCCCCUCUACAAUCAUUACUCCUGACACACGGCUGCAUGACCAGUCCCAUCCCCCUGUGGCCACCAGUGGCUACGACAUCAUUGGAGCAGAUGCCUCCUCUUCCUGGUCCAGUUACUUCUAUUACUGCACCAUUUUAUGAUGCUAGCUUCCGUUGCCAAGUCUGCCUCCAGCUGACUGGGGGGAACAGGGGGCAUGGGGUUAUACUGAAUGAAACAGAACUUGAGGGGCCCAAGCCUUAUCUCAGCCUUUCCUCUUAGUGGGGUUCCGUUGGAUUGGGGCUCCUCCAUGACUGGUGAGAAUUACUGUGUGGGUUCAGAAGACCCUUGGCACGCAGGUGCCACUGGUGGUUUGUCGUUUAUGUGUUGGCCACACAGUGGAAGCUGAAAUUGAUGAUUCCUGAAGGUGUAUCCCACACACACUCCUACAGCCUCCCCAGAUCAAGUAGGCGUAUUCCCCUGGCAGUCUGGGCAACGGAGACCAACAAGAAACAUUUUUAGGUUGUUUUAAAUUCCUUUUUUUAAACUUCCAGUUUAUUGCAUACCAAGAGUUGAUUACAACCUCCAUGCUUCAUACAUGGACGCCAUAUUAGGGUUGGACGUGGGCACCGUGAGUCCUUUGAGGCUCCUGGACAGAGACCCACAUCAAGAUCAGAAGCCCUUUGGAUGGCGUUGCAGAUCUCAUCGCUCAGUUAGCCUUGAAGGUUUUCAUUCUCAUCCCGCUAUCAGUUGGAUAUUCUGGCACUCUUCUUGCAUUGAGUCUCCUGGUCUUGAACAGAGCUCUGUGGUGUAGCCUACUGAGGAAGGAACUGGGAUGCCUGCAGGAGGGCCCAAUGUCGUUGCUGCAGGCAGCGGGAAAGGAGAGGCCUCUUCCUUACCACCCGGCUACCUCACUCCUUACUGGUAGCAGUGCCUAUAGCUGCAUCUAGGUUCUCAGAAGACAUGGAUGUUCAGACAAGCACCUGGGCUGGGCUUUAGAAAGACACAUUGUCAUAGGAGAGAACUGAGGCUCUCCACGCUGUUUUUAUUUUCAGGUAAACAUCCUUUCAGUAGAGGUGUUCCCUUUUCCUAGUUUCCCUGUAGAAGUGGGAAGAUGGUUGAUGAUUCAGUCCUUUACAGGACUUUAGAACAAAGCUGUGUAAUUAAACAAGGUGAAUCUUGAUCUUGCCUAAUAUGCUGGGAAUCUUGACCCCACUAGGGCAAGAUUCCAAAUAGCUCAUUUUAUUCUAGGUCACUCAGACUUCCAUGUGGCAUAUUUCCCUUUCCCACUGUUGCUGACUCCAAAUAGCUGUCAGCAAGUUUCUCCUCCCUCUUGCCUACUCGUCAACUCAUUUGGUGGCAAAGUUCAUAGAAGUUGGGGACUUGGAAGAUGCUUUGGAAACAUUGUCACAGAGGCACUGCUGCAAGUAUUCACAGGAAGAGGUGGCCAGUUGGAAGAAAAGACCCUAAGAGUGAUACACUGUUUCUCAACAACAUGCUUAGAGAACUCUUGAAGUGAGUUAGGCGUCAACCCAGUGAACAAAAAGUUUUGAUUUAAUUGAUUUUUAAAAGUUUAUGUGGUGAUGGUGUGACUUUUCAGAAUGGACAAAUAUGCAAGUCAAAAGAUCUUUUGAAGGGCCGGCUGAGUGGCUCAGUUGGUUGAGCUCGCUCGAGAGUGUGAGCUCUGAGCAACAAUGGUUCGAUGCCC